GAAAGAUAUAAUUCCAGUGGGAUAUGGAGUUCUUGGAGGAAUAGGAGAAUCGAAUCAAAUCAUGGAAACGAAUGAUAAAGGUAGAAAGGCGGUACGUACCAAGAAGGAAGGAAGGAAACAUAUAACUAGAAAAAAAAUAAAAAAAUAGAGAAAGAAGGAAUUUUUUAAAGAAAUUUUUGUUGAAAGGCAAGGUUUUUUUUUUUUUUUUGUUUUUCCCCCACUCUUCGUCUUUAAAUGCCGGCACAUGGGCUCGGAGACGCCGACAAAGAAUAAAGGGGGAGCGUCGUCGCCGCCUGUCAUCGCCUCGGCCUUCACGUGUAUCCUCCGGGCCGACCCUUUUGUUUCCUUCUUACCGUCUCCUUUCUCGGGUUUCGGGUGCUCGCGGCGUCGCAGCUGGUGUUGGGUUUUGGGUUUGGUGAGAGAGAUCCUGCGGUUGAGGUAGUUUUGUUUGUUGGGAUACUCUCCCAGGGAAAGCGUAGGAUGGAGGGCAAGAAAACCACCGCUUCGACUGCCGAUAAUCUUUUCGGCCAGAAGGAGGCGGCUUCCUCUCCCAAGUCCUCCUCCUCCUCAUCCUCUGGCUACUUCAGCAGUGUCUUCCCUCCUGCUUCAUCGGUUAUGGCAAAGGAUUCAGCACGUUCGGACUUGUACCGGACAUUGGACAAGCAGACAACUGAGGGUCACAUUGGGAGUGCUCAGAGCUCCAGAGCAGGUGACAAAUAUCAAGGCAGCCCAAUCAAAGGGCAUACAAGCAACAAGGAUGGAAAGUCAGCUUAUCCCACUGAAUCAAUAGAGUCACCCUAUUUUGGCUCCUCUGUGCAUUAUGGUGGAAGAGAAUUUUAUAGCAGCGCUCCGUCCGUGCGAAGCUCUGGAGCUCCUAGUAGUUUUAAAGCCAAGGAUGAGGAUAAUUUGGGUGAUUCAGAUGUUGCCACUAGAGGUGAUUGGUGGCAAGGUUCACUGUACUAUUGAGGAUACCGUCUAGACCAGCAUGCUCUCCAUUUAGGUACUUCAGGGAGCUGCUGAAGAUAGCUGCUAUAUAGUACUCCAGCUAGUGGUGAAAGUUGCAUUUGGUUCAUUAGUGGAGGCGAGAGUUUAGACGAACCGAGCAACCAGUUGUUUUUCUUUUUCUUUUUCUGUUUAUAGUUCAGGGUAGUAGGGGCUGUUCAUACUUGGUGAAAUAGCAGACCCUGUCUUCGGAUAGGUUUUCUUGUUUUGGACUUCAGUAUGUUCUCCAGUUAACUAUACUAGGCCUUCACCUCCAGCUUGAAUUGUAGUGAGGAUGAAAGGACACUUAAUUAUGUAUGUUUUUAAUAUAUGAACAUAUAAUACUAGGUAUGUGUUUAUAAGUUGA